AGCGCUCUUUUCUUGAAGUGAGUUUUUAAAUCUGCCGAUAAGCUCACAACAUCCAGCUUGCCGUAAACCGCACUUUUUGAGGAACUUUCAGUCUUCUCUGCGACUUUGACCGAUUAGCGUCGGAAAUUCAAGUUCAACUAGCGACUUAUUAAAUUUCAUUUCUUCUUCACAAACACACUUCGUCUCACACUUUGUCGCUGUCAAUGCGAUCACAACAUGAUUGAUAGACACUUAACCCUAUACUGGCAAGCGUGGCUGCCAAAUGUCACCAUCACACGCUUCGCACUACUUCCAUCGCUGUUCUUCUUACUAUGUCUUUCGAAUGCAGCGCUUGCCGCCGCACCGCCAACACCGGUUGUGGCAUCGCCUAAUGCCGCCCCGACGAACACAACGAAAUAUCCACACGCCGCCGUCUAUGAGGCACAUGCCAAUCAGUAUCUGGACUGGGCUUCGACGAGCAUGCAUGCGAUUUGGGCGCGACGUCGCAGCAGUUUCCUCAAUCUCACCACCAAAGGACGCGGUUACAAUAGCAUCAAUCAGGCGCCAAUUAAGCAAGAAAUCGAAAAUGACUAUCGUCACCUCGUCUAUGCAUUGGCGAUGAACCUCAGCACCAUACCUGUGAUGCAGCUGCGUGAUCCAGUGCUGCGGCGACGUGUACGACGUCUUGCCAAGCUACAGCUGUACGGUCUGCCGGAUAAGGAUUAUGCGGAAGCGAAAGAUUUGUUGCAUACGAUGCAAACGUUUAUAACCUCACGCAUGGUUUGCCCGCCGGGCGACUGCCAGCAAAUGAUCGCCAUGGUGCCGGGCGUUGUGAAUCAAGCAAUGCGUACGAAAAGUCUGAAUGACUUGGAGCACUAUUGGCGUACCUGGCGUUCGGUCUUGGCGGCUCGUAAUCGUGGCAAAUCUGCAUUCAUUUCAUAUGUGCGUAUGCUGCGUCUGGCGGCCUCAUAUAACGGUCACAUAACCCCAUCACGUACCUGGUAUCUGUAUUAUGAUACUGAUAAUUUCCAACGUGAGCUAGAGAAUGUCGUUUGGGAAAUAAUGCCGUUAUAUCAGGAAUUACACGCCUAUCUAUUGAAAUGUAUACGCCAUUUUUAUGGUGAGAAAUUGAAGACCGAUGAAGGUGCCAUACCGUCGCAUGUAAUGGAGCAAAUUGUGCUACAGGCUUGGUCACCGCGCCCUAUCUUUCGUACACCCUUUCCGACGCAUCAAUUGCCGACGGUGAAGCAGCGUUUGGAGGAAAUACUUGUGACACCGGUGAAGAUUAUUAAAAAAUCGGCAGAGUUCUUUGAGUCCAUCGGACUGAAUCACAUGUCGGACUCUUUCUACGAACGUUUUUCACGUCGCAUUGGUGACGAAGAGAUCGGUUCCGAUUGCCGCGCUGAAGUAUUCUACUUCCCACCCGAAGCGGCGCUACGCUAUUGUCCCAAAUUGGAUUACAAGAAACUCAUGCAAAUGCAUGGAAAUAUGGCCGAGCUGCAGUAUAAUCUCUAUCGUGGACGUUUACCUUUUGGUGUGGACAGCGAGCCAUGUCCGGGCUUUGCGAGUGCAAUUGGCGAAACGGCCGUUAUUGCCUCGGGUACGCCACGUCAUCUCAAUCGGCUACAUUUACUUUUCAAUCAUAGCCUGAGCGAAGAACAAUCAAUGAAUCGACUGUUUCGUAUGGGUAUUCACACGAUUUUAGCGAUACCGCAGUACUUCAUCAAUGACAAGUUUCUGGUCGAUGUCAUGGAUGGUCAUAUCGGCGCGCAGGAAUUGAAUUGCGCUUACUGGAAAUUGCAGAAUAAAUAUGCUGGUGUGGUGCCACCGAUGCGUCGCAAUGAGAACACUUUUGAUCCUGACUUUAAAUUCUAUCGUGGUCUGAAUCCAGAGAAACCAAAUACAGAGAAAUUGCUUUCGGAAAUACUGGGCUAUCAGUUUUAUCGGGCAUUUUGUUUAGCCAGCGAACAAUAUCGACCCGGUGAUCCAGAAUAUCCAAUGCACAACUGUGAUUUUCAUGGCAGUACGAAGGCUGGCGAUUUGAUGAGGCAAAUGAUGGAAGCGGGCGCAACCAAGCAUUGGCGUGAUCUGAUGGAAAUCACCACAGGCGAGCGCAAGCUCAGCGGCAAAGGUGUAAUGGAAUAUUUCGCACCGCUUUACACUUGGCUGAAGGAGCAGAAUAAGAAGAAUGACGUGGAAACCGGUUGGGAGUCCGAUACCAGAUGCAACAAGGAUUACUACUUACCCAGUUAUAACUAAAAUAUGAACACCACAAAGUGCUUCUUGUAUUACUAAUCUAAAUACUAUAUAUGAAUAUUUUUGUAUAAUCUUUCAAAUAAAAUAUAUAAUUUUGAAAACCGUAGUUAAAAAUUGAAAGCGGUC